GGAGCUGCUGGUUUUCGGUUACGCCUGUAAACUGUUCCGGGAGGACGAUAAGGCCCAGUACCACGAGCAAGGCAAGCACCUCAUCCCCUGGAUGGGAGACCCGGCCCUCCUCAUCGAUAGGUCGGUUAACCCACUCACACUCACUCUCUCUACCAGCCUGCCUGCCCUCUAACCACCUUCCUCCUCCCUGACGGGGUGGGGAGAGGGGGUGAUUUUUUAAAAGAAAACACUUCUCUCUGAUUCUAAAUUAAACUACUGCGAAUGCUGGAAAUCUGGAAGAAGCACACAUUGUUGGAGCGACUCAGCAGGUUCUGCAACAUCAAUGGAGAGAGAGAGAAAAACAUCUAUCGUUUUGAAUCAGAUGACCCUUGUAAAUAUCUGGACUCGAGGUUAACUCUUGUUUCUCUCUCUCUCUCUCUCUAUAGAUGCAGCCAGGCCUGCCGAGUUCCUCCAGCACUUUAUGCUUUUUGUUUCUGAGCUACAUAAAGUCAUGAAAACAGAAAUUGCUGGAAGAGCUCAGCAGGUCUGGCAGCAUCUGUGGAGAGAAAGCAGAGUUAGUGUUUUGAAUCUGAUGACCCUUCGUCAGAUCUGGACUCUGGUCGCUGGACUUGAAACUUUAGCUCUAUUUUUCUGACUGUGCAGAUGCUGCCAGACCUGAGUUUCUCCAGUAAUUUCUGCUCUUGUUUCUGAACUCUGUCAAGUUGUGGAGACAGAAAAGGCUGGAGAAACUUGGCACCUCUGACGGUGCUGACGUCUCGAGUCCAAUAGGUUGGCCAAGGACUGAAUCCACUGACCCUUCAGAACAGUCGUGUCACUGAAGGACAGCCCUGAGACACUAACUCUUGGUUCUGUCUCUACAGAUAACACCAGACCUGCCAAGUUUCUCCAGUGCUUUCUGUUUUCAGAUCUCCAGCACACGUAGUGUUUUGCUUUUAUUUGAGCUUAUUUCAUGUCAGCCGUGACAUUUCCUCUAAUUAAUUUUUCCACCGUGUGGAUCUCUGAGGUCUGCUCAGCACGCCAGUCAGCAUGGAUAGAACAGCAGCAUGGCUCAAUUUGAACAUUGGUCAGCCAGAUCAUUAUGAGCAUAUCAUCAACUUAAAAUACAUCACUUUUUUCUUAGGGAGGGUGAGUAGGGUGUUUUAUUUGUGGCCAAGUGGUCACACUCCCAUUGAGUUGGUAGUUUGGGUUAGUGUGUCACUCCCAUAUAUUGGAAACAAACAAAGCUGACGGUCCCAGUGUAGUACCGGGGUGGGUGGGGGAGCGGUUUUUUGAUUGAGAUGCUUAAAAAAAAGGCCCCAUCUUCCCACUCAAGUGUAUGUGGAAGAUACCGUGGCCACUGUGUCAAAGCACAGGUGUUCCCAAUGCCCUGCCCAAUAUUCAUCCUUCAGUGAACAUCUUCAAGAAAGAUGCCUAUGGGAUCUUGGUGUUCAAAAAUUGGUCACUACAGUUUUUAAAAUUGCAACAAAAAUGAGUUGAAAAGUACUUCAUCGGCAAUAAAAAUGCUUUCGUAUAUCCUGUAUAUACAAGUGUAAGUCUUUACUUUUUAAAUCUCUAGGAUUUGGGGCCCGUUAUCUGUUAGAUGUAAGCUGCAUGCAGUCUCUCUAUUUUAUUCUCCAUAACCUUUCCUCGCUCCUUUUAGUUUUUCAUAUAUUUAUGUAAGUGGGCUGAUUGGCCGGUCUCUGUACUGAAUAUCCUAUGCAAUUUCUGUUAAUUUUUAUAUAAAUAUAUAAAUGUCUCUCUCUGUCACGUAAUCCAGAGCUUCUUUCCCCAGUGAAUUUGCCAGGUAGUAAAAUGGCUAGGAAAAAAAACAGUCCUAGUCAUGAUUUUGCCACAAAGCGACGGGCCUCCAGUUGACGAAGAGCUUUCACUCUCCUCCACCUCCUCCUCCAGGAAAACGCAGAGCAUGGUGAAGCGAGGACAUUUACGGCCCAUUUGGUUCUUGCUGAUAGGUAUUUAUGUCCUCGGUUUGUGCGCCUGUUUAAAACUGCUUUUGCAGAUGAAAUGUUGUCAAGCAAGAGUGUCUUUGACAGAUAGCAGUGCGAGUGAUUGACUGAAACAUGCACGGUAAGAUUCUUUUUUAAAACAGUGUCAGUACUUGGCAAGCCGGGUGUUCGUUUAUAUUCUGUUGUCCGUUCAAUAUUGUGGUGAGGAACAGGAUUAAUUUUUCUGAAUGUACUUUAUACCAUCUUUUAAAGACAGUCAUUGUUUAAAUUUAAAUUAUGUAAUAUAGUAAGAUUUUUCAUUUUCAUAUUUUUAUAUCAUUUGUAAUGUUAUUGUGAUUGUUUCUUUAAAUAUCACUUUCAGGUUGCCUAGUUUGGUAAGUAUGUGAUCUGCUCAGUAGAGUUGUUUUUAAUUGUAUUGACCAGUAUCUUCAUCUUGCAGGUAUGAUUGUCGGGGUCACUUACACGACCUCUCAGAAUGUGAUGCUGAGUACACUUGGAACAGAGAUUAUCAGCUAUCGGAAGAGGAGGCGAGGAUAGACGCUCUUUGCGAUGAAGAGAGAGGAAGAAUAUAGACGUCUGAACGAGGCUUUAGCCGAGGAUGGCAUGUAUAAUGCAGUUGGGUUUGCAUAUAACAGUGAUUAUUAUGAUCCAUCGCAACCAACAGAAGAAGAGGAACUGGGUAAAACAGAUGUUGAGAGCGAUGAUAAUGCUGAAGAGAAUGAGGAACCAUACACUGCUCCUCCUGGGCUACUUGUCCCCUCUGACGUAGAAGUUCCUGCAACAUCCAAAAUGCAUGCCAUCAUUGAACGUACAGCAAAAUUUGUCUGCAAGCAGGGCACACAAUUUGAAAUCAUGCUGAAAGCUAAACAAGCCCAGAAUUCGCAAUUUGAUUUUCUGCGUUUUGAUCACUAUCUGAAUCCAUACUACAAGCACAUACUCAAAACCAUGAAAGAAGGGAAAUAUGUUGUUCAGACAGAAAAAAGAAUUGAAGAGAAAAGGAAAUCUGUAACAGAGUCAGGUGAAGAUGAUGAUGAUGACAAUGAUGGCUGUUAUCUCCAUCCUAGUCUUUUUGCAUCUAAAAGUAGCUCCAGGUUGGAAGAACUCACAAGGCCUCUGAAAGUAAUGGAUCCAGACCAUCCCCUUGCGGCUUUAGUACGCAAAGUACAAGCAGAUGCCAAAAAUGUGCAAAAACAGCAAGAAUCUGACAACUCGGAAGCAGCAGCAGCUGCAGUAGAAUACACUGCUGCAGAUUCAGCAGUGACAACCAUGUAUUAUGGGUAUUACAUGAUGCCUGAUGGUACAUACUGCCUAACACCGCCACCACCAGGAAUGGAAGUUUCUAGUUAUUACAGCACCGUACCUUCAGAGAUGGCUGUGCCAACUACAACUGGGGCAUCUGUAUCAACGUCAUCUGGAACUGCACCUCCACCACACUCGGAAGGUGACAGCAGUAAUACCCAGGUUCCCUCUUCUACAAUCACAGUCAGUGCCCCGACUGUAGUUCCUGUCAUUAUUCCUCCUCCGCCUGAUAUUCAACCAGUUAUUGACAAGCUGGCUGAAUAUGUAGCCAGGAAUGGAACCAAGUUUGAAACUAGUGUAAAAGACAAGAAUGAUACACGGUUUGAAUUUCUCCAGCCCUGGCAUCAGUACAAUGCAUAUUAUGAGUUCAAGAAGCAGUACUUCUCUCAAAAGGAAGGUUGCAGUAUUCCACAGGAGACUGUAGCGUCAAGCACUCUUGUAUGUUCUGAAAGCAGCACAACAGAUGUCUUACAGUUUGAAGCACAGCAGGAAGUAACCAAUACAAGUAUAUCUGGUGCUGUGAUGACCCAAACAGACUGCACUCUUUCUACUGAUAAGACUGUUAAUGAUGGAAAACUAAUAAAAGCAUCUUUUGCACCAAUCUGUUUUGCAAUAAAAGCAAAAGAAAAUGACAUGCUCCCUCUUGAGAAAAAGCGUGUAAAACUCGAUGAUGAUAGUGAUGAGGACCAUGAUGUACAGGAAGCCUCCAACAUCGAUUCAACUAAAGAUAUAGUUCCUUCCCUUCCUCCAGAGGAGAAAAAACCCCAGCUUACUGCAGAAGAAAUAGAGGCUAAGCAAGCUAAGCAGAAGCUGGAGGACAGGCUAGCAGCAGCAGCGAGGGAGAAGCUUGCACAGGCUUCAAAAGAGUGCAAGGAAAGGCAGCUACAGGCAGAACGCAAAAAAAGAGCAGCACUUUUCCUACAGAAUUUGAAAACUCCCGCGACCUCAGGAGAUUUGGAAACAAUAACUAUGGAAGAAAACUCCCAAAGUAUGCAGAUUGACAACACUGAAGUGUUUUCCGCUAAAUUUCAUCAAAGACUCAUCACAAAGAUAAGUCCAGAAGUGGGAGGCCGUUCAGCCCAUCUAGCUCAUCCUGCUAUAGAAACCUACCGUCCUCCUAAUGCAACAUCUAACUGCCUCCUGAAUGAUUCCAGAGAUUAUGCCUCUACUACCCUGCCCAGAAGAUCAAUUCAGGUUGCCAAUGAAAUUUCUCAGAAAAUUGCCUCUGCAACAGAAGCCAAUACUAUUCAGCAAAUUUCAACAAAAAGUGCAAGAUCUUCAAAAGAUAAAGAGAAGAAGAAAGAGAAGAAGCACAGGAAGAAAUCUCGCUCUCGAUCUCGGUCACGCCCCAGAUACCGAUUGAGGUCAAGGUCAAGGUCAACAUCGAGAUCAAGAUCGAGGUCACGGUCAAAAGCAAAACACUCUCUGCCCAGCGCUUAUAGAAGUGUCAGGCACUCAAGAUCAAGAUCACCUCAUGAAAGAAGAGUUCAGACUUCAGAGAGACGGCGGGAUGAGAGAGAGAGAGACCGAAAUGUCCCCAGUGCCUAUCGAGUUGGUAACAGCUCAGAUAUAAGUAGCAGAAAAAGAUCACGGUCUCCAUAUGAAAAGAAGAAGAAAAAAAGUUCAAAAUCUCAUCCCAAGUUAAAAGGAAAAGCUUUACGUUCACGCUCACGAUCUUUAUCACCAAAGAAGUCAAGUGUAAAAUCUUCAGCGAGAAGUUCAGCGCAUUCAAACAGCUUGUCUCCAGCAGAGAGCAGAGAUUCCAGUCAGGAUCAUUCAAGGGGCGGCUCUCAGGAAAAGGAUGAAACAGCAUCUCCAGAAUUGCUAUCAUCAAUGCAGAGUAAAAUAACUCAGGAUCUAAUGGCCAAAGUGAGAGAAAUGUUGGCUUCUUCAAAAGAUGUGCAAACCAAUGUGUCCUGAACAAAAGCCUACAAGCCCUGUAAGAACACAUGGAUCUGAAGUAGCUUCACAAGAAGUUUGACCUGCCUUGUCACAAGAACUUUAUUAUUUUGAAAUUUGGGCAGCACUCAACUUUGGCAACAGCUGUUUUGUAUAGCUCAUUUUGAUAAGUAUGGUUUGAACUGAGAUCUUAUUCUGUUAAUACUGUUUUGCAAAUUCCCCCUCCUCUUCUUGAACACAACAAACUCUCCAAGUGCUCUGGGACGUCUGAAUAUUUGGGGGUGUACUUUAUAUUGAGCACCAGAAACUAGCUGCCUGCAAUCAUUUGUGAUUACCAGACAGAAGCUUAGCUUAUCCUUCUGUGAAGGAGUUUUACUACUUGAUUUCUACAAAGAUGAGGUAACAUCUCAUUUUGUAAAUUUGAAGAGUUCUACCAAUGUAAAUCUUGCAUUGUUAGCAACUGUUUGGGGUUUCAGCCUUGAAACAGAAUGCACACGCUGGUCUUGAAGAUCAGUAAAAGCACGGCAGAAUAUAACAUCAGCGUUACUUAUGAUACAAUGUGUAUCAGACAUUUUCUGAAAACGUUGCAUUUAUUUAAACAGCCACAUAUAAAUUUACUUUAAUCCACACCCUAAAGAUGUUGUGAGAGGGCUCCAGUAAAACUUUCAACCACAGAGAUUUAAAAUUAUUGAAUUACUAAUGGUAAUUUAUUUGUUAGGAAUAAUGAUUAAACGUUUAUUUGUAGAAAGUGCUCACUUUUAAUCUACUUGACAAAAGUCAUUUUCAGGUUACUGCUCAGUUGGUGCUUCGUGUUUUUAAAAAUGGCUAUUUUGGCAUUGUCACAGCCUAUUAAUCCACUGGCCCACCAUUUUGAUGCUUUGCAAUUCACUUCUGCAGUGAUGUCACCUGACACAAGUUUAGAGGAAAAAUUGAUUUCAUACCGGGUAAACAUGUUUUAUAUGAUUGCAUAUUUGGUUAAAAAAAAAAGCAUCGAGUAAUGUUUUGCUCACUGUGGCACAAUAGUGAUAUGACUCACUGCUUAUUUGGCUUACAUUUUUCUGCUAAUGGAAGCUCCGUACUUUGCAUCAUUAGCCUCUGCUCUGUAUUCAUUAGAGUUGGAUCAGUAUUACAUCCAUGCCACUUGGCUCAUUUACUUUCCUGUAAAUCUGUUAACUGCCUGUACCAUGACAGCAACACAACACUGUAUUUUCUUUGAAACUGCAUGAUUUAUUUUUGGUUUGUUUUAUUAUAUGCCAUAUCAUUUUAUUGCAAAGAUACAACAAUAUCGCCCUCUGAAAAUAUUAAGCUAGAAUUAACACUUCUUUGUAAUCGUCUGUAGGUUUCUUUCACCCAAGCAUCUUUUUCUUGGUGCUGUCAAAUUCUGAGAGUAGAUAUCCAUUUAAUUUUUGAAGACUAUGCUUUCUAAUCUGGUUGAAUAUCCUUUGAUUUGUUUCUUUUGAUAUCCUUGCCCUUUGUUUAAAAUCUUUUCAGAUUUCAGAGGUUUCUCCACUAUUACUGUUGUCUCUACUUGAGUGUCUUGGUGAUUGCAAAAUGUUGAUUGAUGUUUUUGACAACCCUUCUGAGGAAGGUUAAAGAAUGAGCUCCCAUUUCACUUACAAGAGAUAAUCGGGGAAAGCUCAGACCCAAAGGUAAGAGAGACUAAGAUUAUAUCACAUCUUUGUGCUUGCAGGAAAUUGAAGAACUAAAAGACCGUUCAUAUACCACCUUGCACUCCAAAGUAAACUCAAUGCAUUACUGAGUAAAUGUCUGAAAGUGCACAAUGGGUAUAUGGUUUGUGUGGUACUCUAGAUGUUGGCAGUGGAUUGGCAGAACUCCAGAAACCUGGGUAUUAAUAUAGUAGAUUGUUUUUACAGUUAAUCCAUUAGUUUUGAAUUCAUUUUAUAAAAACCAUAGACUGAACUAUAAAUGAAUCACACUGUCACUACCCUUGUAGUGUUGAAAACCUUAUACAAGAAAUUGCUGGGCCACCUUUCCAAAUUUGAACAUGCAUAUAUAAUGUAAGUAAUUCUUAAAUGAAUUAAUAUGAGCAUAGUUGACUCCUUAGUUUUGUAAUUCCUAGAUUACAGCUAACCGAAUAAAGAGGGUGACUACAUCAGUGGGAUAAUGUAACAAUUUUUGACGUUGGAACCUGAGGUGAGAAUUACAGAUGAGAUUUGUUUAACCUGUCAACGAAUGCUUAUGGUUCUUAAGAUAUAGUUCUUCAGUCAUCUGGGAUGGUGGUAGAGAAAGUAUAAUACAUACUUUGUCAUCUGGUUUAUGAAGAAUAGUACAUCAGAGGUGAGUUACCACCGUUUAGUGUUUGUAAAAAACAAAUUGGGGGGGAGCAACCGUGUUGAUUCAAACUGUAUUGUAGCAGCAGUAUAAUAUAAAUUUUCAUCCUAUAAUUUGUACCUAAUCCAUUCCCACAGCCCUAGUUAUGUCUCGAUACCCCUGCAAGAUUUGAAUUUGAUUAAUAGUUUGAAUAUAAUUCCACCAUAUUUUUUAAAGUGAAGAAUUUAGUUUUUGAAUUCCAUAUUGAAACUAGUGCAUUUAUUUACAAGGUUUUUAUUUUAAAAAAUCAAGCUUAUACAUACAUAAUUACUUGUUUAUUUCUGUGUAAGCCACAGCAGUAUUAUCAUCUCUGCUUAUUCAAAAGUACCACACAUUCAUAAAGCAGUUGCACUUAGUUAAUGAGACUCUUGGGACAUGCAGAGUAUUUAUCAAAGAUUCAUUCUCUCUUACCCCUUCAGUAUAAUUCCCUCAUAUUUUUGAGGUUUAUUUUAUGUUCCUUUGUUUAUGUAGUGUAAGGAGAAAAUACCAAUGGGAUUUCCUGUUAAUACUAAAAUGCAUUAACAGGGAGGUUUGUCCUGCAGAUGAAAUUCAUGACAGCGUGCUUUUAUUCCCGAUAGAAUUCCCUAAUGAGGCUAAAAUUCUGAUCUCAGGCUUCAACAGAACUAAAUCCAGGAUCACAUUAAAAGUUAGCUUUUUUUUCUAAUAACGUUUUAUGACUUCAAAGAUGGUAAUGCAUCAACAAAUUUCACAAUUUCUGUUGUUAGUUUUACUGUCAAUUUCUUGGUUGAGUCUCUCAGGACAACUGCAAAAUCAAUUAACCACCUCAUUAAAGACAGUCCAGAAGAAACCACCCAAUUUAUAUCAUUGAUUGAGGAUGCAGCCCCUCCAAGUAAUGGUCCUAUACAUGUGGGGUUCAUUCACCUUUAAUUGCAAGCUUAUUAGCUAAUAACAUACACGGCCACUUGUAAAUUCGGUGAACCCUAAAAUUGCUGUGGCAUCAUUAUUUUGGAGAGUAUUGUGACUGCCAUGAACAUCAAAACAAACAGGAGCCUUUUUACGGAGCAGGGAAAAAGAUUUUGGGCAAAACUCCAUGUGGUGCACGUAGCACUGAAGUAUAUCCAUAAAAGGAAGAAAAUAAUUUGUGUUUGAUAGCACCUUAAUCACAUUUUUAAAUACCCGAAGCAUUUCACGUAAUGAAGUAGGGUCAGUUGUAAAUGCAAAUGCAGCAACCAGUUGCACACAGCAAUAAGAUGAUUAGCCAGUUAAUCUCUUUAAAUGGCUUGCAACUUGUAAAAAGUAUACGUCCAUACUCCAUGCGUAAUGUUUGGUACUUGCCCUUAAAUUAUCUGUUAUAUAGUUAUGAUUCCUAUAGUUCUAUUCUCCUUCUUUCACCUUCCACCCCACCCUUCCCUCAUUUAUGGUUGCAAUAUGAGGUUUGGAGCCCUAUAAAAGAUGGGUGUACUUACAAAUUGUAAAUAAAUGACUUUUAUUAACUUGC